ACUUUUUCUCGGUUCACACCAGCGUGGAGGAGACACAGCGGCCUCGCCACAACCUCUCCAUCUGCUCCACAGAUCGAGACUUUGCGUUUUCGUCUCUGCCGUUGGGGACUGCUCCAGUCACUCGUGAUUUAUUGUUAAAAAAUGGCACACUUGGGCGAUGGAGUCAAGUUGCUCACAGGCUCAGAGGACGCAUCGGCGGGAUUUCACGCCAACAACGCUGCUACCGGAAAUCCAUUCCGACUCGAGCCCGGCUCGUCCUCAUCGCGCUAUGUGAUUUCUUCUUCGGAAUUGGGCUUGCCAUUCUUGCUUCAUGGGACAGAGUCCGCCACUUCCCCGCUGCUGCCCGCGGCGUCGUGGGUGCACCACCAGGAGCCAAACCUGCACUUUGCUCCUUCCUCGUCCGUUUCCAGUGGCACAUCGAGCAGCAUCUACAAUAGCGCAACCAACAGCAGCAAUUCCAGUCUCACGAGCACGGGCUCUGGCUCGAGCCACCGACUCCAAUUUGGUAGCCUCCUCACUGAAGGCGAGCUCUCACCUGGCCUUGUUGGCAGUGCAGCACCUUCGUCAGCAUCUCUCGGUGACCGCUCUUCUUCUAGUGAUGCAUCUGGCGAUGAGGGCCGUGAUUUCUUCCUCAAUCUCAGCUCUCCGCCUGCAUCAGCCGCCAUCAGCGCGCCGGCUCGCUCUCGGCAAGGUGUCAAGCCUGUGUUUGGUCUGUCUGCUCUGAAGAUUGCGCCAGGGACUUCUUCGUCUUCGCCUCGUGCUUCCCAGACGUCCACUCCCCGCAUCGGGGUUCAGAACAACCUGGAGCAAGCUCGAGGAUGGCAACCCCUUCCCAGUCCAACGCUCCGUUCGUUCUCGGGCAGCUCCAUCCCGGAGGCCGAUCGAAAUACCCUGACGGAGCUGUUCUCUGCGCAGCCGGACGAGUUUGAUUCGCACAGCCCUGUGGAGAGUGACGGAUCGACAAGCGAUCUGUCCAGCAGCACUGGCUCCCAGUCGGGCCGAUCCUGGAACUCCUUCCGGUCUGGUACCGGCGUGGGAUCUGUCCCGAGCUCGGAUGCCUUCCAAGCGGCCUCGUCACCGCUGCAGUUGGAUCCAGAUCUCGAGUACUUUGCUGGAGCCACUCCUUCGUCGCCAUUCGCCGACGGCAACUUGAGACCCCACUUUGUGUCCUACUUGCCUGGUCAGUUUGACGAACCUCCUCCAUCUCUGGGUCAAGCGCGGCGACCAGGGCAUGGCCAAGUCGCACAUUCUCCGCAACCAAUCCACGCUGGACCGUUUGGAACUGCGGUGGAGCCUCACAUGCAACCACACCUUCCAUUCCAGCCGCAAUUGCAUCCGCAACACGUGCCCCUUCAUCAGCAGCACCCUCAAUUCUCUCAGCAGCAACAGCAGCAGCUUCAACGGCCGCAUGCGCAGUCCUUGCGGCUGAAGGUUGCCGGCAAUUUCCAGGACGGCACCAUCUGUCGGUUUUUCCAAGCCGGCUUUUGCCGACACGGCGAUCAGUGUCAUUUUCCGCACACCUCAGUGUCGGGUCACAGCUCGCCCGCGCCCGCUCCAGUGCAUGUGGGCCCACGCACUGCGAUGACACAGCCACCGAGCGGUGCUCCAACACCUGCUCCAGCCGAUCUGCUCAUCAUGCCGCCUUUCGGUCUGCCCAUUCAACUCCAGCAGCAGCAGCACCAGCACCAGCAAUUCCAGCAACAACAACAGCCACAACAACAGCAGCAAUUGCAACAACAAUUACAAUUACAGCAACAGCAUCAACUGAUGGCGUUGCUCCAACAACAGCAACGCCAACAACAUCUCCAAGAGCAGCAGCAGCAGCAACAACAACAACAACAACCACAUCAACAUCAACAUCAACAACAGCAGCAGCCACAACAUCAACAGCAACAACUGCAUCAACAGCAACGUCAGAAGCAGGAAUGGUCGGAACAGCACGAGCGACUCGAGCUGGAACAGCCACAAGAAUUGCAGGAUUUCCAUGAUGCACAGGACUUGCAACACCAACUGCAACAGCUUCCGAUGAACAGGCAGCUCCAUCAACCGCCGCCUCAUCACCACCAGAAGCAAUCGCAGCAUCCGCAGCGCUUUGACGCGCAGCAUCACCCUCAACAACCACAAUCCCUCGAUUCCACUCCCCUCCCUCAGCAAUACCCGCAGCCAUUCUUCCCUGCCACCCGACGCGCGCCUGAAUCAGGCUCCUACGCGCCCGGCAGCAUGAUGGCCGUGCCUGAACCAUCGGCAAUGCCGUCUGUCCUGGUCAUGGGUCCCAUGGGUCCCAUGUUGGUCAACAUGCAACAGCUCUCGGAGCUCAUGAUGCCCAACCAUAUGCUGCCAGUCGAUGGUCUGUCGUCGUUCCUCUCUGGCAUGUAUAUUGGGAAGGGUGCGCCACAGGGUGCGCCAGCCAAGAGCCACAAACGCGCGCCCAGCGAGGGAUUCCGGUACACGACCAUUGAACAGGCAGCUGGCAAAAUCUAUUCCCUGUGCAAAGACCAGAUUGGCUGUCGAUUCCUCCAGCGCAAAAUCGAAGAGCAAAAUGAGUCUGUCAUCCAGAUCAUUUUCGACGAGGUUUUCGAGCAUGUUGGCGAGCUCAUGACCGAUCCUUUCGGCAACUAUCUGUGCCAAAAGCUGCUAGAGCACUGCACAGAAGCUCAGCGCACGGCGAUUGUUCAGCGCGUUGCUCCCGAGUUGGUUUCAAUCUCGUUGAACAUGCAUGGCACGCGAGCCGUCCAGAAACUGACUGAAUGCCUCAAGGAACGGGGGCAAAUCGAGCUCGUCAUCUCAGCCUUCCGAGAUGCCGUCGUGACUUUGAUUAAAGAUUUGAACGGCAACCACGUCAUACAACGGUGUCUCCAACGUUUCUCUGCCGCCGACAAUCAGUUCAUUUACGAUGCUGUUGCAAGCAACUGUGUUCAAGUGGCCACUCAUCGCCAUGGGUGCUGUGUCAUGCAACGAUGCAUUGAUAACGCUACGGAAGCCCAGAAGCAUCAAUUGGUGAACGAAGUCACCUUCCACGUACUUAACUUGGUACAAGACCCAUUCGGAAACUAUGUUGUGCAGUACGUCCUGGAUCUGAACAUUCCACGGUUUUCGGAUGCUCUGGUCAACCAAUUUUUGGGCAACAUUUGCCCGUUGGCGAUUCAAAAGUUCAGUUCGAACGUCAUUGAAAAGUGCCUGCGUGCUUCAGAGCCUGCGACGCGGACCACCAUGAUGCUGGAGUUGCUUGAUGAAAGGUGGUUGCCACGACUGCUUCAAGAUCCCUUCGGAAACUAUGUCAUCCAAACUGCCCUUGGAAUUGGGGAUGCGCAACAACUGAAUAUCAUGGUCGAAGGCAUUCGCCCCCAUUUCAAUCUCAUUCGCCACACGCCAUAUGGCAAGAAGAUUGAAGCCAAGCUGUUACUCGUGAGCCCUCGCUGGGCACAGCAGCAAUCGCCACCCGGACCUUCUUCAGUCAACAUUGCCCGAGUCAAGUAGUCACCUCGUCAUCUUGUUGAUUCUACGUUGACACUUUAGUUCCGAUUUCGCUUGUUCUGUUGCUUUUGCUGGUUGUUUGUUCGGUUUGCUCUUUUUGUCGUCUGUAACUUUUCCCCUUCAUUUCUCAGUAGCACAACUUGUGCACACUGUAAAAGUGAUUUGGCUGUACUUUUGCUCGCUCAGGAAUAUAUCUGUAUUUUUUUAAAAAAAAUUCGUG